AAUAAAAUAGAAAAGUCUUUUUUAUCAACAAUCUUUUAUCUAAAUUCAUCUGCUAUUUCCCUAAACUCAAGCCUUCAAUCUCGGCCCCAAACAUUCGGCGAUAUAUACAAUAAUUCUAUUUCUAUUUAUUUUUCCUUUUUUCUUUUCUUUUUAAUCGGCUACAUUAUUAAGAACAACUACAAUCACAAACACAACAGAAGAAGAGAUCCAUCCAGUGGUUCCUGGUUCUUUUUUUUGGUAAAAUGGUUCCUGGUUAUUGCUUGAGCUAACUUGACGUCUUUUCAUUUUCAUGUUAGUUUCUAUAUUUUAUGCUCUUCUCAUUUUUAGUUCUUUAAUUGUUUGAUCUUUGCUUAUACAAAAGAGAGAUUAGGUUUCUUGAAAAUCUUUUUAUUUUUCAAGAAUGGAGGGGAAGAAGCUGAAUUUGUAUGCUCCAUUACCAUCAAUAAGACGAAUGUCAAGUAAAAAAGAGCAUUCAGGUGAAUCAGAGAACAAGAAGACAGUCAUUACAAGACCAGAGCCGAGCAAAGAACAAGAAACGCCUGCUUUUGUAUUACCAGACCAGAGUUUCGAUCAUCUCACGGAACCAGCUUCAGUUCCUUUUGUUUGGGAACAGAUCCCUGGAAAACCAAAAGAUGACAUGGCUACAUUGAUUCAAGAAUCAGGCUUACUAGAAACCGAUGACGAAGACGAAGACGAAGACGAAGAAGAAGAUACUGUUUCUUCUACUGGAAGCUUCUCUGUUAACUGCAGCACAAGUGGAGUGAGCGACAUCGAGAUGAACGGUGAGAGAUCUGAAGAUGUCUCGUCUAGAGAAAGUCUCGAUCUAAUGAUGUCGAGGUUCUUACCAGCUGCUAAAGCAAUGGCUUUCACACAUCAGAAGCACCAAUCUCCUUCUUCUUACAACUCCUCAGAACAGAAGCAAACCGUACAGAACAGAGAAGCUCUUGGAGUUCGCCAAAGACGUCAAUUAGUAGCUGAGCAUGAACAUUUCGCUAUUGUUCAGAGUCUUUACGAUGAUUUAAACAUCGAAGAUGAUGAUGAAAGCGAAGACGAUGAUGAUGAUGAUCACCGAAUCCUCCCUGAAGUCACUAUCAAGAAAGCUUGUGGAUUCUUGCCAAGGCUAUGUGCUAGGAACUCGUUCAAGUUUUCAAACCCGGUUCCUUUGGAUACAAAACUAAACCGGAAUUUGAAACAUUCGGGGGAGCAAACCGGGAUACCAAACUGGUCGACUAGGCGUCUUUCCGGUUUUAUCUCUCCGUACCGAACCUCUUGUUCGGAAACCGGUUUUGUCGGAGCUCCGGUUAAACCAGAGAGCUUCAAGAGGCUAAACAGAGGAAUAAGCAAGUCUCAAGAACUGUAUCCACCGAGAACAAGAAGAGAGAUUCUUCCUAACUACUCACAUUCUGGAGAAAUCAGAGUGUUUAGAAACUCGACCUCAACUCCUUCCAGGAUCCAACGGACGACGACAAUGCACGACUCGAGGUUCCUUGUGGAGGAAGUAAACAGAAGAAAAAGCAGCAGCAUCAACAGGUCAGGGAGUCUUUUGAAAACGUCGCCGGAAUACACGGCGGCGGCGAUCUCUCCACCACCCUUACCGGAAACCCCGUCUCGGUCUUGGCUCCGACGAACACUCCUCCCGCCGGUGAGCCCUAAACCUUACGGCGUCGCUUUAGGUCAAGUUGGUACUAAGAAACUGGAUCAGGAAAUUCUUGAAUCUACAAAAUGGGAAACGAUCGUUAAAACAUCUUAUGUUCACAACGAUCACGUUCGUUAUUCUCAGGAGCUGGUUGUUCAUCCCUCUCGCCAGCAAAAUACAUAAAAACAAGAGAAAUUUCUUCUUUUAUAAAAUUAAAUAAAUAUCUUUAGAAUUUGCCUCUCUUUUUUUUUUUUGCAGGCAACACAAAUUUACCUGAAAAUUUUGUGUGUGAGAGUGCGUGUAAUUGUGAUUGUGGCAUUUGUUUUCCGACCACAUGUUUUGUAAUUGAAGACCUAAAUAUUAUUGAUGUUUGAUAAAACACGCA